AAAAAAAUGUACAUAGACCACCAUCAUCCACCAUCAUCAUCGCAUUACCCCCCUCCACGUUUACUUCACAUUUUCCUGAUUUUCUUGACUUUCACCUUUUCUCACUCUAUUAAAUAACCCAAGUGUUGAAAUGAGUUUCAUGUUAAAUCUUGCAAAACCCUUGUCAAAGAUUUGAUUUUUAUUCAACAUCCCAACUGUUUGGAAUGAGUUUCAUGUUAAAUCUUGCAAAACCCCUGUCAAAGAUUUGAACUUUAUGUUAAAUCUUGCAAAACCCAUGUCAAAGAUUUGAUUUUUAUUCCAGUCAAAGGUACAAAAAUGGGUUCUUGUUUGUCAACCACCAAGAUCAGCGGUUCCAACAGCAGCACCACCGACAACCGCCGGAAGCAUAAUCAUGAAAAUGGGUCUAAUGCUAAUCCCCACAAACAAAAACAGAAGACUACACAUCAGGAAACUGAUAAGAACAAGAGGAAAGAAAAGAUGAGUUCAAGAAAUGAAGUGAUUUCUUGUGGAAAAAGAACAGAUUUUGGGUAUCUUAAGGAUUUUGAUGGGGAUUAUUCGAUUGGAAAAUUGUUGGGUCAUGGUCAAUUUGGGUAUACAUAUGUUGCUAUAAAUAAAGUUAAUGGAGAUCGUGUUGCUGUCAAGAAAAUUGAUAAAAAUAAGAUGAAAUCUCUUGUUGCUGUGGAAGAUGUUAAAAGAGAAGUCAAAAUAUUGCAAGCUCUAAGCGGUCACGAAAAUGUGGUUCAGUUUCAUAAUGCAUACGAAGAUAGUUCCUAUGUGUACAUAGUUAUGGAGUUAUGUGAGGGUGGCGAGUUAUUGGACCGGAUUUUAGGGAAGAAAGAUAGUCGUUACUCAGAGAAAGAUGCAGCGUUCGUUGUAAGGCAAAUGCUUAAAGUUGCUGCAGAAUGCCAUUUACACGGGUUGGUACACCGUGACAUGAAACCAGAGAAUUUUCUUUUCAAGUCCCGAAAAGAUGAUUCACAUUUAAAGGCUGUCGAUUUUGGUCUAUCGGACUUUAUUAAACCAGGAAAGAAGUUUACGGAUAUUGUUGGUAGUGCAUACUACGUUGCCCCCGAGGUAUUGAAGCGUAAAUCGGGUCCCGAAUCAGAUGCUUGGAGCAUAGGCGUUAUCACAUACAUUUUAUUAUGCGGACGUCGCCCCUUUUGGGAUAAGACCGAAAAUGGAAUUUUUAAAGAGGUGUUAAGAAACAAACCGGAUUUUAAGCGCAAACCAUGGCCUAACAUAAGUCCAAGUGCCAAAGAUUUUGUAAAGAAAUUGCUUGUGAAAGAUCCACGAUCAAGACUGACAGCUGCUCAAGCCCUAUCACACCCAUGGGUUAGAGAAGGCGGAAACGCUUCUGAAAUUCCUCUCGACAUUUCUGUUCUAUCCAACAUGCGUGAAUUUGUGAAAUUCAGUCGGCUAAAACAGUUUGCUUUACGGGCGUUGGCUAGCACGCUUGAUGAAGAGGAGCUAUCGGAUCUCAAAGAUCAAUUUGAUGCAAUUGAUGUAGAUAAAAGUGGUGCUAUUAGUCUUGAGGAAAUGAAAGAGGCCCUUGCUAAAGACCUUCCUUGGAAGAUAAAAGAAUCACGCGUUUCAGAAAUUCUAGAAGCAAUAGAUAGUAACACAGACGGGCUCGUUGAUUUCUCGGAGUUUGUUGCAGCUACUCUUCAUGUUCAUCAGUUGGAGGAACACAACUCUGAAAAAUGGCAACGUUUAUCACAGGCUGCUUUUGAGAAAUUUGAUGUCGAUAGAGAUGGAUAUAUAACUCCUGAAGAACUCAGAGUGCAUACGGGCUUGAAGGGUUCGAUAGAUCCGCUUCUGGAAGAAGCUGACAUCGACAAAGAUGGUAAGAUUAGCUUGUCAGAGUUCCGAAGGCUGUUAAGAACUGCAAGCAUGAUUAACCCCGCAUAAAUAUGCAAUCCACAUUUCAAUCGAAUCGGUCAAGAAAAGUCAAAAGAGGUUCGGGUAGUUUGAAUUGUUCCUUGCAAUCGUAUUUAUCAAGGUAUGUAUAUCGUUAUCUUCAUAAACUUUAACUAGAAGAACAUUGGUUGUGUUGUUGUAAUCUAUUUGUAUGUUUGUAUAGUUCUCUUUACAUAUUUUUAAAUUAAUAUAUAAUGUUGAGCUGAUUGUAUUUUCA